GUAUGCAAUUGCCCUCGUCCCGCUUGUGUUAAAUAACCUGGUAUCUGUGUAUUUGGGAUUGGAUCUCUUCCCGUUUUCUCUCUGAGAGCCUGUUGUUGAAGACGCUUUUGAACAAAACCGAUACGAUUAGCAAUAACUUACAGGAUAAAAUUCGGAAAAUAAGUUUUAUUUUAGAUAUAAUGACAUUAAGAAGUGAUGAGUUUCCCGUGCUGUUGAGGAACCCCGCCCACGGAAUGCCCCUGCCGCCCUCCCGAAGGUGAUAGCCUGGAGGAUGGAAGCAGAGAGCGGCUGGAGAAAUGCGGAGGCAGGAGAUCGGCGCUGGACGAAAAGCGACAUGUCCGUGGCGCCUGUCGCCUGUGCGGAGCAAGGCAGGGCGGGCAGCGCCGGGCAGCGCUCGGUGCCUGCAGUGCCGGGAGGAGGCUGCGGGCGCCGCUGUUGACCGAGAGGAGCGAGAGGGAGCUCGGAGCGCCGCAGCCCCGCCCGCUGCGGAGCGGCUCAGUCGCUCGCUCUGUGUUAGGCUCGGGGACCGAGCGGGCUGGGAUCGUCCCCGUGCUGCGGAACCGUGCUGCGGUGCCGGAAGAAGCGGGUGGAGAACCCAGCGGUAGCGAGAUCGGCGGAGUGACCGGCGGGGAGCGGCCGGCGUGUUUGCGGUGCCAGCGGUGCCGCGGCGGCGAUGUGCGCGGCGGGGAGGCGCUGGGGCCGGCGGCAGCGAGCUCUGCUCUGGGCCGUGCUGCUGGCAGCGUGGGAGGCGGCGUGGGGGCAGCUGCGCUACUCGGUGCCCGAGGAGAUGCCCAAGGGCUCCUUCGUGGGCGACGUGGCCAAGGACCUGGGGCUGCAGCUGCCGGCGCUAGGCGACCGCGGCUUUCAAAUUGUCUCCGAAGGUAGGACGCAGUAUUUCGCUUUGCACGGGAAGACGGGACAUUUAGUGACGGCGGAGAGGAUCGACAGAGAGCAGCUGUGCCGGCUGGCGGAGAAAUGCGUGCUGCGCUGUGAGCUGAUAGUGGAGGGGGAAAUGAAGUUCUAUGGAAUAGAAGUGGAAAUCACGGACAUUAACGACAACGCGCCCAGCUUCCGAGAGGCAGAAAUAGAACUGAGAAUGAGCGAGACGACCGCUCCAGGGUCGCGGUUUCCCCUGGCCGAUGCUCACGACCCAGAUUUAGGCCGGAAUUCCCUGCAGAGCUACGAGCUGAGCGGUGACGAGCACUUCUCGCUGGCCGUGCAGGCGGGCCCCGGCGGCGAUCAGCGUCCCGAGCUGGUGCUGGCGAAGGCGCUGGACCGGGAGGAGGCGGCGUUUCACGAGCUGGUGCUGCGGGCGACGGACGGCGGCGAUCCGGCCCGGACGGGCACGGCUCGGAUCCGCGUGACCGUGGUGGAUGCGAACGACAACGCGCCGGUGUUCAGCCAGGCGGAGUACACGGUGCGUGUGCCCGAGGACGUGCCCGUGGGCUCCACCCUUGUGAUCGUGACGGCUACGGACGCCGACGAAGGGCUGUACGGGGAAAUUAAAUACUCUUUGAAGAAAGAGGCGGACACAGCUGUUUUCCACGUGGACUCUGAGAGUGGAGCGAUCACUCUGUUGCGGGCCCUGGACUUUGAGGAAGGCGACUCCUUUGAGCUGGAGGUGCUGGCACGGGACGGGGGAGGCCUGUCCGACACGGCAGAAGUCGGUAUCACUGUGACAGACGUCAACGAUAACGCACCCGAGAUUUCGGUGAGGUCAGCGCUCAGCGAGAUUUCUGAGGACGCUCCGUCGGGGACCGUGGUAGCUCUCCUACACGUGCAGGACCGGGACUCCGGGGCCAACGGCGAGGUGCGCUGCUGGCUCGACGAGGAUGUCCCGUUCCGGCUUCAAAGCUCGCAGGGCAGCUACUACCGUGUGGUGACGGCGGGAGAGCUGGACCGGGAGCAGGUGUCGGAGUACAACGUGACGGUGCGGGCGGCCGACGGCGGGCGGCCGGCGCUGCAGAGCAGCGCGGUGCUGGCGCUGCGGGUGCUGGACGUGAACGACAACGCGCCGGUGUUCGCGGAGGAGCGCUACAGCGCGCGGCUGGCGGAGAACAACGCGGCGGGCGCGCUGGUGCUGACGGUGCGCGCCACGGACGCGGACUGGGGGCAGAACGCGCGCGUGCGCUACCGGCUGGCGGAGGGGCGGGUGCGGGGCGCGCCGCUGUCGUCGUACGUGUCGGUGCAGGCGGAGACGGGCGCGCUGUACGCGCUGCGCUCCUUGGACUACGAGCAGCUGCGCGAGCUGCAGCUGUGGGUGCGUGCGGAGGACGGCGGCGCGCCGGCGCUCGGCAGCAACGUGUCGGUGCGGCUGGAGGUGCUGGACGAGAACGACAACGCGCCGCAGGUGCUGUACCCGCCGGCGGCCGCGGCGCUGGGCUCGGGCGCCGCGUGGUCGGGCGUGGAGCUGGCGCCGCGGCGCUCGGAGGCCGGCGCGCUGGUGGCCAAGGUGGUGGCGGUGGACGCGGACGCGGGGCAGAACGCGUGGCUGUCCUACGAGCUGGCCAAGGCCACGGAGCCGGGGCUGUUCCGCGUGGGGCUGCACAGCGGCGAGGUGCGCACGGCGCGCUCGCCGCUGGCCCGCGACGCGGCGCGCCACAGCCUGGUGGUGCUGGUGCGGGACCACGGGCGGCCGGCGCUGUCGGCCACGGCCACGCUGAGCGUGGUGCUGGCCGAGAGCGUGGCCGAGCUGCUGGCCGAGCUGGGCAGCGCGGCCGACGAGGCGGCGGCGCCGGGCGAGCCGGCCGCCAGCCUGACGCGCUGGCUCGUGCUGGCCGUGGCCGCCGUGUCGUGCCUCUUCGUGGCCUUCCUGCUGCUGCUGCUGGCGCUGCGCCUGCGCCGCUGCCACCGCCGCCAGCUGCUGCCGCCGGACGGCGGCGCCUUGCGCGGCGUGCCCGUGUCGCACUUCGUGGGCAUCGACGGCGUGCGCGCCUUCCUGCAGUCCUACUCGCACGACGUGUCGCUCACGGCCGACUCGCGCAAGAGCCAGCUGCGCCUCUCGGCCGCCGCCUGCUGCGACACCCUCCCGGCCCGGCCGCCGCCCGACGAGCCCGCGCCGCUGCUCGGGGACGAGGAUCUUGCCGGCGCCCUCCCCUCGGAUCCCGCCCCUCCCUCGGUGAGUCUCUUCGGUCGAGAUUUUCUCUGCGUCGCUUUCUUCUGGUGCUGUCGAGCACUUUCUCCGCCGUGUUCUCUGCCUCGAUCAGGAGAUUUUGCUUUAAAGCCUGGUGAAGUUUCCUUUGGUGAGAAAUCUGAAAGCUGGAGCACUUUGCUGUCGUUAUGUGAAGACGGUGUGGGUCCUCAGUCUUUCCGCUAGUUCAGAAUUAAAGAGGGAGAAGGCUGUUGCUGCCAGGCUGUUGUUGAAGUCAGAAGUUUAUAUAGAAGCGAGGUUCCAGGUGUGGUUCCCCUGUGUCAGCUGUGCUCUGUAGAAUCUGUGUUGCUGUCAGCUUUAGCUUUUCUGAAGGGAUGAAUCUCGUUAUUAAGAAAUACAACUUUAUAGCAGGCUCCUGUGUGUUCCCAAGAGCACAUGUGCUUGGAUAGGUAGAAUGUGUCUUGAACCAAAUGCUGUUGGCUUUGUGUGGAACCUCUCUGCAAGUUCUUUUUGGCCAUUAUCACUGUCCAUGAUACACAGUGAAGGUCAGCAGGAAUAGUGUUUGCAUCAUCCGUGCUUUGGUUGUGUCGCCAAGAGAGGAUUGGACCCGGCAACAAGUGGUCUCUGAUGAUGUGUGUCUGCCAGUUAAGAACAUGAAGGAUCCUCUUGAAGUUGUGUCUCUUUGAAAAGCCUGAGGGUGGCUGCAUGUGGAGGAGGAAUUGCAGGAGGAAAUGGCAGAACUGCUUUGGUUGGUGCUUGUUUUCUAAGGUAGAGCUUUGUCAGAUGGGGCUGGAUGAGCCUUGGCUAGAAAAGAUUUAGCGUGGCAAGAGAAUUGCGUGGAUGGGAAGGGAGAGACUGAAGGUGCAGCAGGAGAUACAAGGUUGUCAUAGCUCCCUGUGAGCAGAUAUUCCCUGAGUCAGUGUCUCUUGGAGACUGCUGGGCUUUUCCUUUGAGGCCCAUGAAGUCUCUUCAGAGAACUUCAGUGAGCAGCAAAUGCAGCUGGCACAGCACAGAGAUGUACAGAGAGCUGUGUGAACUUGGUGGUGGGAAGAAAAAUGGUCUGUGGAGCUGGGCCCCCCGUGUCACAUGUUUUUGAGCUAUUUGGGUGAAAGGACACCAGGGAUGGUGUGAAGGGUUGGAAAUCUGAGUGCUGUGAGCCGUGCGUGAAUGUCUGCUGAAAGACUCCCGGGAAUGUUUUCCUCCAUUCCCUGUCCAGCUCCUAUCUCUAGGAUGAAGCAAUGUGAGGUUCAUCUCCCCAGAGUAAUUGUCCAGAAGAUCUGCAUUCCAGCUGCAUGGAGAACCCUGUG